UGUUACCUAACUGACUUUCCCACGCCGACUGCGGCUUCUGAAGCAGCGGGUUUCUCCAACGGCGCUAAGGCUGGAGAUACACGGAUAGCAACGGGGGGUCCCGUUAAAAAAAACACCUCGAACAUUCGUCGUCCAGACGUGACCGGGAGCAGUUCUGCUUUCUUGAGAUAAUUGUGUUUUGUUUCGGAGCAAGUGUUGGUUUUCACCGGCCGCAACAAACCUAAAUUGUCCAGAUAAUAAAAAUGGUGCAGAAUAAGAUCUCCGAGGUCACAGGAUUCCACCGCUCCUUCAAGGGUCAGAACCCUUUUGAGUCUGAUGACUUCUCGAAAACAGGAUCCCAUCUCCUUGACCCAGCCUUCAGUUUUGAUUGCUCCACAAGACCAGACAUGCCAGCCAGCCAGCCGAUUGACAUCCCAGACGCCAAAAAGAGAAACAAGAAGAAAAAGAGGUGCAGAGCUACUGACAGCUUCUCUGGGCGUUUCGAAGAUGUUUACAGGCUGCAGGAGGAGGUUCUGGGGGAAGGGGCUUAUGCCAGAGUCCAGACCUGCAUUAACCUCAUCACCAAUAAGGAAUACGCGGUUAAGAUCAUUGAGAAGAGGCCGGGACACAGCCGGAACCGUGUCUUCAGGGAGGUGGAGAUGCUCUACCAGUGUCAGGGCCACAGAAACAUCCUGGAGCUGGUGGAGUUUUUUGAAGAGGAGGAAAAGUUUUACCUGGUGUUUGAAAAGUUGAGAGGAGGAUCCAUCUUGGCUCACAUCCACAAGAGACGGCACUUUAAUGAGCAGGAAGCCAGCAAGGUGGUGCAGGACAUUGCCAGUGCGCUAGACUUCCUGCAUAACAAAGGGAUGGCGCACAGAGACCUAAAGCCAGAAAACAUCCUGUGUGAGCAUGAGGACAGGAUCUCACCUGUGAAGAUCUGUGAUUUUGACCUGGGCAGCGGCAUCAAGCUGAACAGUGACAGCUCUCCCAUCUCCACCCCUGAACUCCUUACUCCGUGUGGCUCGGCGGAGUACAUGGCGCCCGAGGUGGUGGAGGCCUUCAGCGAGGAGGCCAGCAUCUACGACAAGCGCUGCGACCUCUGGAGCCUGGGGGUCAUCCUCUACAUCAUGCUGAGCGGGUACCCGCCCUUCGUGGGGCGCUGUGGUGGCGACUGCGGCUGGGAGUGGGGGGAGCCCUGCCACGCCUGCCAGAACAUGCUGUUUGAGAGCAUCCAGGAAGGGAAGUAUGAGUUUCCCGAGAAGGAGUGGGCCCACAUCUCCUCUAGUGCCAAAGACCUCAUCUCCAAACUGCUGGUGCGGGACGCCAAGAACCGUCUCAGUGCUGCCCAGGUGCUGCAGCACCCGUGGGUGCAGGAGUGUGCUCCCAACACCUUGCCAACAUCCAUAUUACUUCAGAGGAACAGCAGUGCCAAGGAUCUGGGCAUGUUUGCGGGGAAAGCGGUUGCAGUGAACCGGCAGCUGGCCGAGAGGGAGGAGAUCGAGAAGGAGGAGGAGCAGCAGGCACCCCUGGUCAUCACCGCCAGCUCCUGCUCCAUGCGUCUGUCCCCACCAUCAAACUCCAAACUGGCCAAGCGCAGACAGAGAAGCAGUUUGCCAAAGGGGGCGCCGGUCUCCGCCUCUGAGCUUCGCCAGCUCCUGGCACCCCUGGUCAUCGUGGGGGACUGUGCCUGAAUCUCCCUCCCCAUCCCCUCUACAGACAGGAGCUCACUCUGGUCCUUUGAACCCC